AUGUCUAUAUCUUUUUUCUUUCUUUUUUUUCUUUCUUUCUUUUCUUUCUUUCUUUCUUUCUUUUGUUCUUUUUUUCUUUUCUUUUUCAAUCUUCUGUUUCUUUUAUAUAACCAUUUAUUUCUUAAAAAAUAUUUCUUUUCUUUCUUUCUCUUUCUUUUCUUUUCUUUUUUUCUUUCUUUCUUUUUUUUUUUUUUUUUUCAACUUCAUUGUUCUCACAAAACCAGCCAGCUUUACAUCUGUCUAUAUCUUAAUUUUUCUUUCUUUCUUUCUUUUUCUUUCUUUCUUUUCUUUCUUUCUUUCUUUCUUUCUUUCGACAUCUUUCUUCUAUUUCUAUAUCUUUUUUUUUCUUUUUCUUUUUCUUUCUUUUCUUUCUUUCUUUCUUUCUUUUUUCUUUCUUUCUACAUCUUUUUUCUGUUAAAACCAUAUUUUUUUACAUAUUUCUAUAUUUUUUUUUCUUUCCUUUCUUUCUUUCUUUCUUUCUUUCAACUUCUUUUCUUUUUCUUUCUUUUAUCUUUUUUCAUAAAACCAGCCACCAAACAUAUCUAUAUCUUUUUUUUCUUUCUUUCUUUCUUUCUUUUUUCUUUUUUUCUUUCUUUUAAUCUUUCUUUCUUUCUUUUUUUUUUAUUUCUCUUUCUUUCUUUUUUUAUUUCAUCUGAAUUCUCCUUUCUUUCCCCUUUCUUUUCUUACCUUUUUUUCAUAAAAUUUUCUUUCUUUUCUUUCUUUCUUUCUUUCUCUUCUUUCUUUCUUUCUUUCUUUCUCUUCUCCAAUUUCCUUCUAAUAAUCUUUGACAACCUGCUUUGGAUUUUCUUUCUUUAUAUUUCUUUUCUUUCUUUCUUUCUUUCUUUCUUUCUUUUCUUUCUUUCUUUCUUUCUUUCUUUUCUUUUUUUUUGA